ACAUCUUACUUACUGUUACGAGCAGUAAACUGAGUAAACCUUUAGACACCUUUAGAUAUCGCACACUGUGCACGUGUUCGUCGUUCGUGAACAUAGAUUUUUUGAAAAAAUUUAUAUUUUAAUUAAUAUACGAAGUUUUUUCAAAAUUAUUCCAAAUAUUUAUUUAAGAAAUAUUUACAAGCAUUAUGUCAGAAAACACGUUUGAAGAAAAGAAUAAUUCGUUCAAAGAUUAUAGAACGAAUAGUUUUGAUGACGGUGACUUACAAACUCGAUUAUACGCAGAAAUUUAUUACGAAUCAAAUAAUCAAGAGGAAUUAAAAACUACUAACAUCCCAAAAAUGGUUCAAUUUGAUAAUAUCUGCAACGAGUUGAAUAUUGUACCAGAGAGUGUGCACAAACCUGAAGAUAAGCAGUAUUUGGAAUCUAAAGGUGCUAGAAAACAAUUGACAUAUAAUGAUACAUUGCAAGUACAAAAUCCAUUAGAUCCUCAUGUGCCAAUUCAAGUUCAGACUUGCAAUGAUAAAGAAGCAAAUUCUGGUCAAGAAGCAAAUUCUAUGGAUGAUGAAUGUAACAGCAUGAAUAAUAAAAGUUAUUCAGCAGUAAAAGAAAAGGAAAAUUCUGUCAAGAAACAUAAGUCUUCAAACUAUACGAAAAAGAAGCAUCAAAAGAGCUUGCAAGAGGAUAAUACUGUAUCAUUAAAUGAUUCAGUUAGUGAAGUAAUAUAUUCAAAAUAUAGUAUUCGUCAGAAAUCUGAGAAACAAGAAAUGCUCUCAGCCAAACAAGAUGAUAAAGAUCAACAAAUCUCAGAUGGUUCAGACUCUGAAGUAUCUAUCUUUGAAGUACCAAUACCACCGAAACCAAAGCCACUACUUAUAGAUCUACAAGAUUCAGAUGAAGAGAAAUCAGUGGAUAAAGAUAAUUUGCAUCAAAAGGCAUUAAAAAUUACAAAUACAAGCGUUCCAUUAGCAGGUAUUAACAACGAAUUAGAAGUUCAAGAGACAUCAAGCUAUCAAGUUAUAUCCUCGAAAAAUAAAAAUACCAGUAAAUCUCAACGUAAUAAGAAUACAGUGAAUGUUGAUAAAAUCACACAAACCACAACACACACGCAAGAAGUUAGUGAAGAUAUUGUUCUGAAUUGUUCACCUAUUAAGAAAGUUACCAACAGUAUAAGUGAAAUUAGACAGUUAUCCAAAGAUACGGAGAUUAAUCAAGAUCAAAGAAAUACAUUGAUGGAAAAUAUAAAAUAUAAAAAAAAAACACCACAAAAGACAAAAAAAUAUAGCGAAAAUAACGAUAAUCUCCAACAAGAUACACAUAUGAUUUCAUCAAAAAGAAAAUUGCAGACAAAAAAGACACAGCAAAAUUUAAACAUAAAUAACACAGGAUGUAAUGUAUAUGAUCUUGGGCACAAAGAUCAAGACUUUUCAGACAACAUGUUAGUGAAUAUACCAUGUAGUGACAAAAAUAAAGCAACAAAAGAGAAAAGAAAAUGCAAUAGCCCGAUCAUUAGCAACGUUAAACAUAAGCGACAAUGCAUCAUUCAGCAAAGUAGUCAAAAUAUCACGCUACAAGACAAUAAUGAUAAAGAAAGGAGAGAAGGGGACAAAUAUUUCACACCAAUGUCGCAAGAGAUGAAAGACUAUUACUGCAACUCGACUCGUGGCCAAGAAAACUUUGACAUCAGUGAACUACAGCGUAAUAUGUCGAAAGAUCCCAAAAUGUGGAAAAUUUCAGAUGAGGAUCUGAUGCCACGCCCUUGUAACAGACAACGCAAUAGGUUCUGGAAAGAUAAAUGUCACAAUUGUCAUCAGGAUGGCCACCAUAGUUAUGACUGUACGGUGAAACGUAGAAUAUGUUGCCGUAUGUGCAGCGAAAAGGGCCAUACCAAGUUUCGCUGCUCUUGGAGGAUGUGUUUGACAUGCGGUAAGAAACAGAAUAUGUAUACUAUGACUUGUAAGUCUUGUUAUGUCCUGUACUGUACUAUGUGUGAUUCGGUAGGACACGAAGCGAACCAAUGUCCCGAUCUUUGGCGACGGUAUCAUCAAACGACCGACAUGAGCAACAUGCCGCAAGAUGUAGGCAACACAAUGAAACCACCGAAUCUGCUGUAUUGCUGCAACUGCAACAAGCGUGGCCACGAGUCGUCCACAUGCAAGGAAGAGCAAAUGACGCCCCAUCAUUUUGUUACUCCGGCGACUGUCACGAAUUACACAGAUGGGCCCACAUACAACCCAAAUGCGGCAAUUUCAUCGGAAUGCUAUCACCAUACCAUGAAUAUCUCACCAUCCGAGGCGGCAAGCAGCGAAACGUCGAUUCCGCGAAAUGUGAACAUGCAAGAAGCAAUGGAAGAACACUCAGGACUGUCUGCUAAUGUAAAUUUGUCACCACUGAGUGAGGAAGCUAACAAAGUGCCAAUUUCGCAAGAAGCCAUGAACAUUCCACAAACGGAAAAGAUUGUCAAGACAGAUAAGAUAUCCGAAAAUCAAAAGACAAAGGAGCUAACAUACAUAAUAAAUGAAAAAAUCUUUAUUAACGUCAUCUACUCCUGUGGUAAAUUUCUGCAUAAAAAUAACAAAAAAUCGCGAAUGAUCUGUCAAAAUCUUUCUAUGCUCGCAUUAUCAUCUUAUGGGAAGACUACUAUAGCUAACUUAGAAAAACGUAAAGUUUUCCCGAGUUUUCUCGAGGCAUUGAAUGAAAAACAUGUACCAUUUGAAGUGAAAAUAGGCUUUACAGCCUGUCAACGUAAGAAUGUAAUGUUACAGUUGAUAACAGUAGGACAAUCCUUAGAGCUGAUAUAUGAACUGCUGCUUCAUUGGAUCAAUCUUCCGAAUGAGGAGAAGGUUUACGGAAUAGAUAUAACUCUACCCAGGAAUUCAACAAAGAUGUUCAACUUAUUAAGUACGAGGAUGCCGCAGUUUAAAAAAAUGGGUUUUACAUCUUAUGAUAACGAUUUGUGUGAUCCACAAAAUAUGUUCCUUCAAAUAAAGUCUAAGAAAACCGAGUUAGAAAAGGAAAGAAAAGGAAAGUACAAGAAAGAAUCCAUAAAAGAAUAUUGUCGCGAACGCACAAAAUUGUGGCGUAUGCAAGUCAAACUUCUUAUGAUUGCUAACACUGAGCCCGAGCCAAAUAAGUACGUAUAUAUGCUUCAAAAUGCGAUGAAGGAGCUCGAAUUAAAACAAUACCAGAUGAGUGAGGAACUCGACAUCGUCACAUAUCUUAAAUUUACUCUGCUUUACAAUAUUUUAUUCGUACCUCACACACCAAUUCAUCUGUAUAAGAUGCUGUAUCGCUUUAGAAAGCAUGCGACAAAUAAAAAAUUAUUCAACAUGCAGCAACGGCAAGAGUUGGACAGGGAGAUAAGUGAACAAGAAAAUCACGCAUUAUGUACUAACAUGAAUCUUUCGUUUCCGCCUAUUACACCUUCUACCUCGCAAGACAUUAAUUUAGUUGAAAACCUGUCUGCUGUUAAUAUUCAGCAGAAUGCGAGUAACAAUAUUACAAAUGAUAUUUUACCUAUCAACGAUGCAACAAAUAACAAUCGCGAUGAGACAAUGAUAAAUGAUCCUACUGUGCAGAUUCCUCCGUUUAUUAUUACAUCAUUCAAUACUGAGUCAGCAACAGUUCCAUCAGAAGAUUUCACAAGUGACAUAAACGUUGAAUCUACUGUAUCGACGAGUGGACAGAACGCACAAUCUGCAAUGCCUCAAAAGCAGACGAAAUCAGAAGAAAAAAGAUUCAAAAAGCCAUUUGCAAAUGAAAAAUUUAAUAAAAAAAAUCAGAAGAAAAAAAAUGUAUAUAAAAAAGCGUUAGAAAUAAUAGAACAGGCUCGCGAGUUCAAAGUAUCUCACAUAAUAAAUGCAGCAGACGACUUACGAAGAAAAGUUACCAAUCAGAUACUUACAUCUCAACACGUCGCUGCGCUAGAGAAAUUAAUUAGAGUGGAAAAAAAAUAUCAGAAGGCCAUUACCUCUUGUUGCAAUUCCUUAAAAACAUAAUUUUUGUAAAGAUGUGUUCGUUCGGCGAUGUUGCGAUAUUAUAACUAAAUCACUUGUAAAAUAUGAAAUAUUUUUCAACUCUAUGUGCAAAAGUUGCUUCUUUUAUUACAUAAUAUCAGAUAAACUCAUGACUGAAUGUAAAAUAUCAUAUAUGUAUAAUGGAAAAAAAACAAUUUUUGCAAAGAUGUGUUCGUUCGGCGAUGUUGCGAUAUUAUAACUAAAUCACUUGUGAAAUAUGAAAUAUAAAAUAUGAAACUCUA